AUGGCCUUCCUGUCCAUGCUGGUGGUCGUCGCGGCGCUGGCCGUGCCGGCGGUGAGAGCGGCGACCGACGCGCGCUGGGCGAACCACGGGCACCACCGGCACGCGCCUCCACCCCCUGCCGUUCCUCCAUCCUCCUCCGGGCCCGCCCCGGCUCCGUCCCCUACGGGUCACGCGGCGGCGAGCCCGUCUCCCGGCACGCCGGCGCCGGCCACGAGCUCGCCCGCCCCGUCGCCCGCCGUGGAGAGCAAGAGUGCCGCCGCGGCCUUCUCGCCGUUGUCUUGUGGCCGGCCGUGCUCGUGGGCGCUGCCGCCGUGGUGA